UUCGAUUCUCUUCAAUGUUUGGGCGAGUUGCCUCAUUUGGCUUCUAUCAUUCUCAUCAACAACCCGGUGACAAACCAUCCAUACUACCGGCGUAAUAUUUUUGAUCUUAUGGGUGAAAGAUAUAGCCAGGUAUCUUUGGACGGUUCUCCAGCAAGCCAGAGGGAAAUCGAAUUAGUGUUGCUGCAUCGCGCUCUCUCCAGAGCCUGUGGCCCUCCAUCCCUCACACCUAGACCAAUUCGUUCUGCUCUAUCCCCUUCUCCUCCUAAGAAAUGUUUAUCUGCAAUCUCUAGUGCUUCUUCUCUUCUAACUACUAGAACGGCUAGUCUAAGCUCCAACGCUUUAAGUGGCACGCCAAAACAAAUUGCUGAGAGUUGA